GUAAACAAAAGUUUGUGUAGCCGCGGGAGUUCCGCCGUUCCGGUCUUGUUUGAAAAAUGGGUCGUUGUUGUGCUCUGAAGUGCCGGAACAGAGCUUCCAGGGGAAUUCGCUUGUUCAAGCUGCCGAAAUCCCCGAGGAGACGGAAACUGUGGCUUUCAGGAAUCAAGCGUGGCGCGGGGUCGAAACCUCCCGACAGAACGUACCUUUGCGAGGACCACUUCGAGCGCUUCCAGUUCCAGACGAGGUGCUCUGACGGCUGGAAAAGGCUAAAAGUCACAGCUGUCCCGAGCUUGUUUCUGCAUUCUGAAAGUCAACAACCAGCGGCCAGGACCUCCGGAGCGACCCUGCAGGUCGGCCUGCUGACGCAG